GGUUUGGUAAAUACAUACUACGAAUGAGGAUUUGUCCGCUUUGAACUUGAAGGAAUACCUAGCGGAUGUGGACGUGAUGACAUAAGGUGGCCCGACAGGAUUAAUUGGCCACAAGCUCAUCGCCAUCAACAACGACGAGGACCUCCUACCCCACACAUAAAGCUCGCCAACUCAGUUGGCUGCCAAGUCUGAGAUGGCCGACUCAUUCGCCGAUCUCUGGAACUCAAGCGCUACCUCAAACUCUAAUAAACCCACUAAACCCACUCUGGGCUCUCUAUCCUCUUCCUCUUCCUCCAAUUCUCUUUUCACCUCUUCCAACACCCGCAACGGAAACGGUGCUGCCUCCUCAAACGACUUGUUCUCCAAACUAUCAGCAGCUUCAGGACCUUCAUCCAGGCUAGGCUCCAGAGCAGGCACUCCAUCAUCAAGCACAGUCCCACCACAACCAUCGCAGACGGGGAAAAAGAAUGUCGUUCCCGGAGGAGGAGACGCAUUCGAUGGUUUAUUCAGUUCAACUGGGCUUUCUAGCACGUCUACGAACAUGACCAUCGCACAGCGAGCUGCUAAAGCGGAACAGGAGAAGAGAGAAAAGUUCAUGAGGGCACAAGCUUCGAUACCCAAGACUGAUGCUGCUUGGGACGGGUUAGAUCUCCUUGGGGGUAGCAGCAGUUCAGGUCAACCGCAAACUGGUGGCAACACUUUGGAUUCGGGAGAUGACUGGGGAUUCACUCAGGCCGCUACUACGAAGGUUAACGUAUCUGUUGAUAAUGAUGAUGAUGAUUGGGGACUGGGGGAUUUUACUCCCGCUCCUUCUGCGACCAACUCGAAGAAUUACAGCCCUCGAGGGUCAUUAUCUGACAUCGAUAGUUCAGAUUCUGUCAACGGGAAACAAAGUCCAUUGCCUGGAGCAGCUGGGAGAGUAGACUCGCCGAGUAGUGGUUUCGAUUGGGGGAACCGGGAGGAUCGAGAUGGUUUAUUAGGUAGGAAUCCGGGUCGUGCAGAAGACGAUAUACUUGGGGAUUUGGCAAGGCCUGUGCAAGAGACCUCCCGACGACCCUCGCCCUCACCCUCACCUCCACAUGCCACAAGAAAACCCUCAGCACAACGCAAACCGUCUCCUCCACCUCACAUCCUCGGCCAACUCGUUGAGAUGGGUUUUUCAAUAACACAAGCAAAGACAGCGUUAGCCGCCACUGAUACAGGACAAGACGUCCAAGGAGCGUUGGAUAUCUUGAUUUCCAACGACUCUGCAGGAGGUGGUGGUGGUGGUGGAAGUAGUGAGAGGGAGAGAUCGACACCUGUACCUGACGAAGACGAUGAAAGAGAAAGUAGACCAAGACCAAGACAUGAUAAUAGACGUCCUGAACAACCUAGAAGGCCUGUUCCGCAGAGGCAGAGACAAGACUCCGAUCGUCCCGGUUCAGCAUCAUCUCGACAGCGGGAAAGGGAAAGGGAGGCGCAGAGGAAUAUCUCCAAACAAGCAGACAAGCUAUUAGCACAGGCUUCGACGAUUGGAUUGAGUCUGUUCAACCGCGCUAAUGCGGCUUUGAAAGAUGCUGGAGAAAAAGUGCAAAAGGUGUAUGAAGAACGUGUUUCAGCGAAUGAAAGACAAAAGGCAGUAGGGCCCGGCGCAAGAGGAGGAGGGUCAGAUGGAAGGCCAAAAUGGUGGAAGGAGGACUCGAAUGGCGACGGAGAGGCUGGACCAAGUGGUGCAAGUCAGAGAAGGAAGCAGCGGAAUGAAGACAGGGACCGAGAGCGGUUCGUCGAUGACGACGAGCGAGAUAGGAAUGAGAAACCGAAGGUACCCAGAAGGACUAAACCUCAACCAGAACCAGAACCUGAGCCUGAAGUUGAUCUUUUCUCCCCUGCUACGAACACCGCACCUGAAUCAUCUUCUACCUCCACUGAACCUGGGGCCUACGUAUCCCCUUUCCGUCACGGCAGACCGAAACCCAAACCUCAACAUACAUCUGCAUCUGCAUCUGCAUCACCUUCACCUUCCCAUCCAACUCCAAAGUCAGAUUCCCCUCAUCCCACGACACUCGUUCUCGCAUCCCCAACAGCACUACGUACUUCCGCAGCACACAAAAGCAAAGCAACUGAAUUCUUCAAGCUGGGAGACUUCCCGGUUGCAGAAGGAGAAUAUACAAAGGCCAUUGAGUGUUUACCACCUGGACAGACGUUGUUGAUUACCUUGUAUAAUAAUCGAGCUUUGGUUCGGUUAAAAGUGGGCAAUUCAACAGGAGCGAUUGAGGAUGCUGGGCAGGUGAUCGAUCUAGUUGGAUCAGGGAACACCGGUAUCGUUCGUAGUGGGGUUGAAGGCGGCACUAUCCCGGACGGGGUAGACCUCCAAGUGAAUCUGGGUGAUGCUAUCGUAAAAGCAUGGAAGAGACGCGCGGAAGCCUUGGAAGGAAAGGAAAAGUGGGAAGAGGCCGGAAGGGAUUGGGAGAGGGUUGCUGGGGCUGAGUGGGCGGGACAGGGCGUGAGAGGGGAGGGUGUGAGAGGGGCUGGGAGGUGUAGGAGGAUGGAGAAGCAGAAGCAGGAUCCAGAAGGGAUAAAAGCUAGGCCCCCUCCGUCAGUUCGACCGAAACCCAAGCCCAAAGUUCCAACACCCACACGUAUGACACCCGAUUCGGAAGCGCUGAAGAACCUUCGUCAGGCGAACGCAGCAGCAGAGAAUGAAGAUUCAGAGAAACACGCAUUGAAGGAUGGUGUGGAUGGGAAGUUGACUGCGUGGAAGGGAGGGAAGGAAAACAACAUUCGUGCACUUUUGGCAUCUCUAGAGAUGGUUUUAUGGCCUGAAAUAGGUGUGCCAAAGUGGGGGAUGCAUGAAUUGAUAUCGGAGGGACAGGUCAAGAUCAAGUACAUGAAAGCUAUCGCAAAAGUUCAUCCAGAUAAAUUGAGUUCUGGGAACUUUUCGGUCGAGCAGAAGAUGUUGGCGCAAGGGGUUUUUGGGGCGCUGAACGACGCGUGGAAUUCGUUUAAGCAGUAGAAACUACAUGUGGGGAUAUUUAUUGAUUAAUUAGAUGAUCGAUAUUAUUAGUCUCGAG